AUGAAGAAAAAAGCUAGAUCAACACACCCUACUCUUAUCAAACUACAAGACGGUUGUUUUAUCUUAUCAUUAUCGCAGGUGUCGCAAUGCAAGUGGUUCCUGUGCUCGUUCAACCGGCCGAACCUGGCCUACCGCAUCCUCGAGAAGAAACCCAAGAACGUGAACCAGGACAUCGCCAACAUCAUCAAGGAGAAGUUCUUCCGUGACUCGGGCAUAGUCUAUUGCCUGUCGCGCAAAGAGUGCGAGACUCUAUCCGGAGACCUUCGUAAAGUGGGCAUUCAGGCUGCGCCUUACCACGCCGGUCUGCCAGAUAAAAAGAGAGAACAGGUGCAAGCGGGAUGGGUAGCUGACAAGUUUAAAGUGAUCUGCGCAACAAUCGCUUUCGGAAUGGGCGUUGACAAGGCGGACGUGCGCUACGUGAUCCACCACAGCAUGCCGAAAUCAGUAGAGGGAUAUUACCAAGAGGCCGGUCGCGCGGGCCGCGACGGAGAGCUGGCUACGUGCCUACUGUACUAUUCAUACUGUGACGUGGCGCGGUAUCGCAGACUGCUAGACAUGGAACGCAACACUACACCGGAGGCGAAGCGCGUCCACAUCGAGAAUCUACUGCGAAUGGUGGAAGUCUGCGAGAGCGUCACGGAGUGCCGACGCGCGCAAGUGCUGGGAUAUUUGGGUGAGCGCUUCAGCCGCGCCGAGUGCGCCGCGUACAAAGCGGCCGCCUGCGACAACUGUCUACAGGCUGCUGAUUAUAAGCCUGUCGACGUAACAGAAGAGUGCAAGCUCAUCGUGCGUGGCAUCCGCGACGCCACCGCAGGCCGCGCUUCGUUUACAUUACUGCACAUCGCGGAUGCGCUUCGAGGGUCUAUGCAGCAGAGGAUACAGUCCUUGCACAAGAGCCCGAUGCAUGGACGAUGCAAGUCAUGGCAGCGCGGCGACCCGCUCCGCCUGCUGCGGCAGAUGGUGGUGCGCUCACUGCUGGCCGAGAAACUGGUGGUCAACAAUGACAUUGCCAGCGCCUACGUCGUUCUGGGACCCGCUGUUGAUAAGUUAAUGUCUGGCAACGUUCGUGUGGUGUUCCCUAUGAAGGUGGAGAAGAAACCCAAACUGACGGUGACCACCGCCGCGCCCGCCGCCAAGGCCGACACGCCAAUCAACGCGCUCAUCAAGAGGAUCGAGGAGAGAUGCUACGCGGACCUCGUCGAGGCAUGCCGGGAAAUGGCUGAAGCCCGGGGCACAUCUCUAAUAGCAGUAAUGCCGCUGGCCGGCUUAAAGGCCAUGUCCACACGGCUACCCGAGUCGCCGGACGACAUGCUGUCUCUACCUCACGUCACCCGCGCCAACUACGACAAGUAUGGCGCAGAGCUACUCAAGAUUACAUCUGCCUACGCCGUGGAGAAGAUGGGCCUUCUCAUGCAAUAUCAAGACGAGCUAGAACAAGAGAAGCCCGCCGAGGAUGACUUCGCUGACGGAACGGACUCGGAAACAGACUGGGGCAGCCUGGCCAAAGGAGCCAGCCAUGAUGCUAGCGCCUCCAGCACCAGGAGUAGAGGACGCGGAAGGAGCUUCACUAGAGGCGUUAAGAAGAGGUUUAAGAAGAAGCGAACCGCGUCCGCGGCCAAGACGAAGGCCGCGCGGGGCGCCUACGCGGCGCGCGGCCGGGGAGGCGCCGCCGGCAGCGCCGCCAAGCCCGCCCCGGCGUGGAAGUCUUCAGCGGGCAACAAGCUCGGCAGCAUGCCGAUGCCGCGCGCCAACACCGUGCUCAACACGAGACCCGGCGUCUUCAACCCCUCCAAGCUCAACCUGCUUUAGACGCCAAUCUGGACUUUAUGUGCACCAAAUACGGCUCACAAUUGGUUGAACUUUACUCAAGACAAGACCAGACCUUUUGCCCCUUCAUACUCGACGUGCUACAAACGCCAAUUUUAGCCUUAUGCGCAACACACACAAUCAAUGACAAAUUAACAAUCGGAUGAGAUACUGUGUGUAAAGUGAAAAUCGACCUUAUGUGCAUCGUCUAGGAUUGACAGUCGAAUAAAGAUACCAUCUGUAUAUCAAACUUAACUAACAGAUGAAGGAGCCGCUAUUUGCUCUACUGUGAAACAAUUGCGAAAACCUACCUUAUGCUGACUGACUAAAGCUCAAGAUGAAGUUGUACGUUCAACUUACAGUAGACCACAAACUCGUCACUAAGGUUAAUAUCAUGAAAUCAGCGUGACACGUUGGAAUGUGCCUUAUUUAUUACGAAUUAAGGACUUAAAUUACAUUCUUUUGCGUUUCUUACUUGGACCUAAAACAUGUUUAGACUGCAGUCUAUAUUUCUAAACGUCAAAGUUGUCACUGCCAAAUAUUUUUCUUUGCUUUGGUUUAAAGUUGACAAUUCAAUGAAUUACCUAUUACUUUUAAAAUGUCAAUAUAGAUAGCAAAAUUACUUAAAUCAGCACAAAAAAUAAAACAAAUUACCUCAUUUUAAAUUGUCCAAAAGUAAGAUUAUAAUCUUAAAUAACUGCAGGCAGUUUUAGACCCUGUCUCGUACUAAGACUUGUAUUCUAUCGUGCUAAACCGAAAGACAUCUGAUUAUAGUGGUUUCAUAAUUUUAUUGCCAUUUUUGAUUUAGGACGGUAGAAUAUCGUUAUCAAUAUCAAUAGCCCAAUAUUGA